AUGCAGGAAGACCAACAAGACACAGGAAAUGGUGAACAGCUGUACGAAUGUCCAAUGUGCAGUCUUACCUGUACAAACAUUCAGAUUCUUGAAGAACAUGUGGAUUUACACUUACAGGAACAAAGCUUUUCGGAAGGUGGAAACAUGAGAGAUCUUGAACUGGCUCAGCGACUCCAAACUGAAGAAGAUAAAUGGCAGAGAUCAGAAGAAGAGAAGCGAGAGAGGGAAGAAUUUAAGAAGCUGCAAAGACAGUAUGGCUUGGAUAAUUCUGGAGGCUACAAGCAGCAAUUCCUAAAGAAUAUGGAAAGGGAAGUUGAUAGAGGAAGAAUGCAGCCUUUUGAAUAUCACAAGAGAAAAGCUGACAUGAUGGAAUGUUUGGCUUUUGGUAUAGAUGAUGGGAAAACAAAGACCUCAGGAGUCAUUGAAGCAUUGUGCAAGUACUAUCAGAACGAAAACAAAGAUGUGAGGCAUGUGUGGCUUUCAACAGGAGUAGAUCACUUCCAGUCAUCUUUGGGCGACAGAGGCUGGGGUUGCGGUUACAGGAAUUUCCAAAUGCUCCUUUCCUCGCUGUUGCAAAACAGCUCGUAUAACGACUGCUUGAGAGAUACUACACUAAUUCCUAGUAUACCAAAGAUUCAGUCCAUGAUUGAAGAUGCCUGGAGAGAAGGCUUCGAUCCUCACGGGGCAUCGCACUUUAACAACAGAUUACAUGGCUCCAAAGCUUGGAUAGGAGCAUGUGAAAUUUAUUCACUGUUAACCAGUCUCAGGAUAAAGUGUCAAAUCAUUGACUUUCACAAACCGACUGGCCCUAUGGGUACACACCCUCGUUUAUUUGAGUGGGUUUUGCGUUACUACUCUACAGAGAAUGAAGGUGGUGCGAAGGUAGUGUGUACUUCCAAACCACCUAUCUACUUGCAACAUCAAGGUCAUAGUCGUACUGUUGUUGGAAUAGAAGAGAAGAAGAAUAAAACCUUAUGUUUGCUACUGUUUGACCCGGGAUGUCCUUCCCAAGAAAUGCAGAAACUGCUAAAACAAAACAGUGAUGGCACUAGUCUCAAACUACUUCGGAAAUUUGUGGUUAGCUUAAAAGAAAAGCAAUACCAGAUAGUGGCUGUAGAUGGGGUACUCUCAUUGGAAGAGAAAGCUGCUCGCUGCCAUGCUUCUCAGGUCUUAACAUCAGAGAAGAUUCCUUAA